AUGGAUUAAGUAAAAGCAAUGCAGUAAUAUAUAAUUAAAUUAAAGAUUGCUCUAACAGAUUUAUAAUAAAAAAUAAAGAUUUAGAAGUAACACUUGAUUAGGUAUAAAUAUUAGUAUAAUCAUUGGAAGAAAAAUUAGAAUAUACUGAAAAAAAGUUAUAGAAUGAAAAAGAAUAAGUUGAAAUUCUAGAAAUCAAUGUUGAUGAAUAUGAAAAGACAUUAAAAAGUAUAUCUGAUACUAAAUUAUUAAAAUUAUUAAAUAUAAGAAACCAAGCUUUUUAGGCAAAGUUUUUAAUAAUACCUAAUUAGAUGAAUUGAUAAUUAAACUUAAUUAAACUGAAUAAUGCUUAGAUUUUUACAUUAAAAACAUAAUUAUAAUUAUUAGAAAAUAAGUUUGAACAAGAGCAAAAAUUAGCAUAAUCAAAAUUUUAGAAAUUGAAAUUAUAUUAUCAAUAAGAAAAAACUAAAAAAGUAGGUUUAAAGAAAUAAAUUUAAUAAUUAAAUCUAUUACAGACUGGAUUACGAUAUGAAAUCAAUGAAUUAAAUUAAUAAAUUGAAUAGUUGAAAAAGGAUAUAGAAAAUAAAUAACAAGAUUUGUUGUCUACAUAAUAAUUACUUGAUAAAAAUUAAGAUGAUAUGAAGAAAUUAACUUAAGAUCUUAUUUAACUAUAAUUGAAUAUGAAUAUACUAUUUUAUUAUAAUAUAUAGUCGAUAAUUAGAAAAAGAAAAAAAUGA